AUGAACAUCAAGCCACAGGAGGUAAUGUGGUUGUGGAAUAUACUAGAUCAUGAUUUAAAACUCCACAGAAGGCAAUGCAAGCGAUAAUCUCACAAUCAAACGGUAUACACAGCUCUGUAGCAUUCAAUUCCAUGUAAACUCAAAACCCUCACAUCAAUCCGAUGUAAAAGAACGUAUUUCAGGUAUUUCUAUACUUUCUGAAAAAUUGUAGACGCGAACUUUAUGUUUUUUCUUUUUGUCCUUUUCAGAUCCCAGAGAAGCACAAAACAGCCUUAGACUUUAUCACAUACAUUGGACUGGGAGUCUCCUUACUGGCAGAAAUUAUCACAAUCGUUGCCUAUAUGCUACUGUUGUAAGUAUUACAAACUUGAACGAGAGCCGCUAGUAGGAUUAUUCCAUGAGAUACUAUGUACACUAUCAUAACGUUGACAAGAAAAUCUUCUCGGCUUGUUGUUGUUGUUGUUGUUUACAAGUUCGAAAAGCGAAGGUUAUUAUUAGCAAAAAGAAGCAAUUCAAGUUUUUAAUUAUUUAUUUUUACUACGAAAUAUGCGUAUAACGCUAGUUUGCGAGUUUAAACGUGACUAGCUAUAAAUUAAAACAGCUAUUACAACAAUAUAAGGACCUUUAGCUUUUUCUAAAAGUACUAGAUCUCCUAGCCAAACCUUAGAAUAUUUUCUAUAAAUAAAUUUUUACUCGCAAGUAGUACAAUAGUUGACUCAUAAUUGUUCACUUUUUAUACCAUCUGUAGAUGUUCGAAUAAUGAUCAGCAAAGUCAUGUGCACAUGAACUUAGUCGCCACGCUAGCAAUGGCUCAAGUGAUUUUUCUGGCAGGAAUAGACGCUUCACAAGAUCAGGUGAUUAAGAGUAGUUUAACUAUGAAUAAUAAAGCUGAUAACAUGCUGAUAAUGGUGACGAUGGUAAUCAAAACAAGGAAUAGGAGAUGUAGAGGGAGAAGGUGGAUGAUGAUGAUGAGGUGAUGACGAUGAUAAUGACGACGAAGCCAAGGCGAUAA